AUGCGAUCGUCAGGACUUCACAACCGCCAUGAGCAGAAGUUGGCGGGCACGGAUCCUGUUUUGAGCAGUGUUGGCCGAGCGGAGGCGCAACUCCGGAAGGAAAUGGAUGGAGCCACAGCUGCCCUUUUGCAAAGGCAGCGGCGGCGGCAGCUGGCGUUUGGCCGAGAGCGUGCAGUUGUACGUUUACGCGUGGACCAAUGCAUGGAGGAGUUGUUGGACGGCGUUGAAGGCAUCGUGCCGCCGUGCGUACUUGACCCACCUGUUUUUACGGAAUGUCCUUCCUCACUUCCUCGACCGCCUCAGCAAGGAGGUGAAAAAUGUGUAACGCGUGAGGCAGCAAUGUUACCACAGGCAAUCUCGUCUUUUCCUGCUGGAGGAAAAAAGGUUCCCAUUUCAUACGUGAGCAGUGACAGCAAAAUGCGAGGUGCCACAGAGGAACUGACAGCUCCGCAGGUUCAUGGCGCCCCUUGCGGGGAAAAGGGUGCACCGCUGCGAGGCUUUCCGCUCCCGUUUGAGGAUUCUGGCUUUCAAUGUCCGACACUUUGGGCUGAAACGAGCCUCCAGGAAGUGUUGCUUACUGCGUUAGGGCCGCGUUCUCUGCGGGAACGCAGAGAUCAAAAUGAACCUAACGGUCGUCUUCUUGUGGGUGUGGCGUGUUAUUUACUCAAUGAAGUUCUCACUCGUGAGCCAAAACUGUCAAGGAUAUGGCCACAACUUCGUGAAGUGAUAUUUAAAGCUGUUUUUCAGCCACCGACCUCUCCGCCUGCGUCUGGGUGUGAGGGUGGUGUAGGGUCAUCCUAUCCCCGUUUUGAGGGGCGUCAGCCCUUCGAGAUGCUACACUUGUGGGCCGGUGCGUUCCUUGCAAGCCGUGCCGAAACCGCUCGGCUAGCUCACCGGAUUGAGGAUUUGAAGGGCGUGGUGCACAAGAGUCAACUCAUUCUUCGUUUUGCGCAGCGGCGGGUUGAUAAAAUGCUUUUGGGGAACGUCUUUCGUGCAUGGCGGAAAACAACACGUCGGGAGCGGUGUUUUCGUGACUCCGCGACGGCGUACUUUACGCGUAUGCGGCAGCGUAUUCGUGUGGAGGGAUGUUUCUUACGCUGGCGGCGCGUUUCAGCCCACUCACAGGUGGUGGAGCUGCUGAAAAUGGUGAAGGAGUCAGAGGUGCGACAGGCUUUUUUGCAGAGCUCUAACACAAAGGAAGUAGCUACGCUUUUGGAGCGUCUCAAGGAGGAGCAAAAGUUAAAUGACAUUCUUAAAAUGAAGAAGGAGGUUUUGAAGUCACAGUUGGCAGAAGGUCACGUGAUUGCACUGCGUGCGAUAGAUAAUGAGCUUCAACAGCAGCACACUAACAUUUUAAUGGCGAAAAAGUAUGGAAAACGCUGGGAACGUCUUGCAAAGACGUUUUCGUGCCGCGUAAAAUGUGCGGUGGUUCCGUCAUCCUUGCGAAAGGCGGGUAUUGCUUUGCGGCGUGCCGAGGAGCAAUGUGCCUUGCGUACACAUGCGGUGCAUAAUCAGGGGAAAGAGGCACGUUAUGCCCUUGAAUGUUUUCUGCUUGAAUGGGUAAAUUGUUUUAUGAAGGCCGCUAUGCCUGGUGUUCACUGGCGUCGUGUUGUAAAGAUUGAUACAGGCUUCGAGAGUGGGGAUUUUGGUCCUGAAGCCUUGCUGCAGCUUGUGCGUGUGCUGGAAUCAGUGUAUCUUGGAAGUGGGGUACACAAUGUGUCAUAUCCCUUCUUGGCGGCGAGGCAGGAGGAGGCAGAGGAACUGUCGAAGAUGCGCAAUGACGCGAGUUUCUCCGUGGAAACAGCAAAUGGUGUGCUUUUCACGGAGCUGAGACGUUUGCUUUACCUGCAAAGUAUGGAGGGGCUCUAUCCCCCACUGCUCUCUUGCUGCACCUUCCUGGAAAGCUUCUUCACCCCUGCAGUCUUCUGUCAGGCUCCACAUCCCUCUGCCAUCUUGUGGGUCCUCGCUUCCCUCUUUGUCGGGUAUGCACGUCUUGCCUGCGGUGGACCUGCAAUUUUGGAGCGUGACGUGGACGCCACCUUGCGCUGCCAGGAGGAGGGCACGCUUCGGAAUUACUUCCUGAUGCCACGUUCCGUGGUGAAUGAGCCAGCGGCGACGGAAAAAGAAAGUACACGUACACGUACAGGGCGGAGAAUUAGUCGGACGUACGUGGUUUCAAACAAUACGACCAUUCAAAAAGCAUCAGCGCUCACGUCAGUGUCGCGGAGAGUACAUUCGUAA